UUUUAAUAAAGAAAACAUGCAAGAUCAAAUUAGCAAGAAUAAUGAGUCUUAUGAAGUUAAACCUGAGAUUGAAUCUAAAAAUGAACCAGGAAUUGAAACUAAAUCUAAAAAAUCUGAGCCUAAAAAAGCAAGUAAUGAUUGUAGCUUAAUUGAAGAUCUUGACAAAGAAGUAAUAGAUUUAAGUUCUUUGGUAACAGAGUUUGAAGAAUUUUAG